CAGCUGAGGACGCUGAACGUCUCCGUAUGGAUAACAAUGUGAGGAAAUCUGCUGAGCUCGCCACACACUACUACAUUAAUCCUUCAACAAUGGAGCCUAAUGUGGAUGGGCUGAUACUUGCUGCUCCAGGGGAUUACAAGGCUACAUUGACUCAGUCAGAUAAGUUUGAUCCCAAGCUUGCGGACAUGAUUGUGAAUGUGGUGGAUGUAACUAUUGGAGGAGAAGGCGGUUUCCAUAUUGCUAUCCACCAGACAUCUAAAGUCCUGGAGAAAGACAGGCGUAUAAUUGUCAAGUUGUUUGACGAGAUCACCAAGGAAACUGGCAAGUAUGUAUAUGGCCUGGAUGAUACGUUGAAGGCCCUGGCGUCCAAGCCGUGUGCUGUCGAGACACUUAUUCUGUGGGAAAAUCUUGAUAUCAACAGAUAUGUGAUGAAGAACCGUGAAACGGGUGAAACUGUGAUCAAACACCUGAACAAGGAAGAAGAAGGCAACACGGAGAAUUUCAACAUUGAAUUAGAUGUGGAGGAGAAGAUGUCGCUUUUGGAUUGGCUGGGUAAUGAAUGCGCACGUUUUGGUUGUGCGCUAGAAUUUGUAAACAACAAAUCACUUGAAGGGAAACAGUUUUGCAAAGGGCUUGAAGGGAUCGGAGCGAUACUUCGUUACCCGCUUGACCUGAGUGCCGUUGAUCCUGAGGAUAGAAAGCCUAAUCAAGAAGAUGGACCACAUUCAAACCUGUCCCAGCCUAGGCAUGCUCAUUCAAACAAAGUAAUUGGAGAAUCAUCUCUUUCCUAAGGUGGAGAAUGAAGAAACAGGUGGAGAAUGAAUCAGUCUUGUCUACAAUCUAUCAUGUCUUUUUUUAUGUAGUUUUAUUUUCCGUUGCUCAACGUAUAAACGUUAUCAGAGUCAAUUAUGUCAGUGUCGCCUAAGUGCAUGGAUGUUUUGUGUUCACUUUCUGCACCCCUUUACAGCAAACAUGACUAAUCUUGAA